AUGACCUCCCAAGUGAUAGUUCUAGACCGCGCGUUCCUCGUCGCGAAGGGUUACAAGUUUCACGAGUUCGCCCUGCCUCCAGGUCUCGCAAUCGACACCACGGCGAAGCAGGUCGCUCUGGUUUACAACACGCUGCCGAACGACACGGCGCCAUUCAAGCCAGCCGACGACGGGAUCGAGUUCAUGCCCUAUUUCACGGGCCUCGAUAUUGUCGCGUAUCCUCCUGUCGCAACACCAGGCGCCGCUUUCAGCAAGACGUUACAAGUGACGGCGCCGGCAGGGCCCCUCCGUUCCCCUUCCGCCGACGCCUCCGCCCACACCUGCGCCCACGCCUGCGCCCACACCUGCGCCCGAACCUGCGCCCACACCUGCUCCCACACCUGCGCCCACACCCGCGCCAACCGCUCCCCCCUCUGUUCCGCCCCCAUCUCCCGAAAAGCCCCUCCCCCCUCCUCCUGCGCCGACAGCUCCCCCCGCCAGCCCCAACACAACCGUCCCCGCAAACAGCAGCAGCUCCGCCAACGCCGCGAGCAGCGCAAGUACCGCCAGUACCCCGACCAGCAGCGGAAGCAGCAGCAGCAGCAGCAGCAGCAGCAGCGGCGGCACGAGUGCUGCCGUAUAUAUCGCGGUCGUGGUAGGAGCAUUGAUAUUCAUCGCUUUGAUUGUUCUGCUCGUCUGGUGGUGGCGGCGCUCGAAGAAACAGAAGCAGCUCGAAGCCAUGGCUCUCGCGGCGGAAAAGGCGGCGAGUCUCGAGACGGCGCUUAUAGGCGCGAGUCGCACUCCCGCCGCUGGCUCGCUGCGAACAAAGGCGAAGCUGGAAAACGAAACGUUUUGACCGGAGUGUAA